AUGUCUGCCAGAGCGUUACGAAAGUUGCAAAAGCAGCGCGAACUAGAGGUGCAGCUCCAACUAGCUGAAGAUCACGAAAGUUCAAAUGACGAAUCCAUACCAGCUCCUCCAAAGAAGAAACUAAAUGCCUUCGACUUGCUGAAUGCCGCCGGCGGAGAUGACGAUGACGAUCAAACUUCGGAAGAUGAGACGGUAUCAAAAGAAACAUCCAAUGCUCAGAUCGAGACCUCUACAGUGACUACGACAGUAGAAACAGCCAAGAAGAAGAAGAAAAAGAAGAAGAAGAAGAAGGCAACGCAGAAAUCUGCCGCCGAGCCGGAAAAGGUAGCUGUGGAGGAGCUGGAUGAUAUUGAUCGAGCACUCAGGGACCUAGCGGUCAAAAAUGGUACCGCUGUCGUCUCGAGCGAGAAGCAGCCUGCGCUUUCCGCGAGGGAAGAUGCAUUCGCCAAAUCGCCUGCCGAACUCCUUGCCAUCGAACCAAAGUCUCUUAAUGCGAUGAACGAAAUGCGAAAACUUUUUGGAAAUAUUGUUCUCGAAUCCUUUGAGGAACAGGAUGCUGGAACUGGACGACGAAGGGAGCGGCAACGAGAAAUGCUUGACCUGGGCAAAGCUUUGAGUGGGCGAUAUAGCCCCGCUAGUAGAGGACAGAGUCUUGCUGGGGUGACCAUGAGGAAAAACAUACUUAUGCAAGGGAAGGAUGAGUGGCCGAGAACGACAAGUGGUGGACUUGGGAUGGAACUUGUGCAGAGACUACCGGAUGGUAGCAGUCAAUACCGACUUGUGCAUAACAAAGCAUAUCAGGACGUGCAGAUGCAGUUUGAUAUGUGUGUCGAGUCUAUGGAUCCCCAGAGAUUGAUACAGCUCUUGCAAUACAACCCAUACCAUAUUUCGACCUUGCUUCAAGUUUCUGAAAUAGCCAAACAUCAAAGCGAUCAUGCUGUCUCGGCUGAUCUGCUAGAAAGAUCGUUGUUCAACAUAGGUCGCGCAGCUCAUUCCUCGUUUAAUACUCAACUACAAGAAGGAAAGGCAAAAUUAGAUUUUAUACUUACAGAAAAUCGAGAAUUGUGGCUCACCAUCUGGAGAUAUAUCGCAAACCUCGGCAUGAAAGGAACAUGGCGGACAGCAUACGAAUGGGCCAAGCUGGUCCUGAGUCUUGACAUCAAAGACCCUUAUUGUAUGAGGCUGCUUAUCGACAAUUUGGCACUCAGGGGCCGACAGUACGAACAUUUCAUCUCUCUUUGCACGGAAACCGUGUUCAAGGAAGAUUGGGAAUCAUAUCCGAACAUUCAAUGUUCGCUGGCUCUAGCAUUACUACGUUUGAAUAAGCCCAAAGAGGCUCGCCAGCAAUUGCGAGCCGCCAUGGCGCGUUAUCCUUGGAUAUUUAAUCGGCUAGCUCAAGAGCUUGAUGUGCAGCCUAUUCCCAAAAGAAUAUGGGGAAAGAUGCCUCCGGCCCAGUCUCAUGAACUACUCGCCGAACUUUAUAUAUCCCGCGCCAAGGACUUGUGGAAUACACCAGAGGUUCUUGCGCUCCUCGUGGAAAUAGCAGAAACCCUUUCAGAAGAGUCAGUGGCGAUUGAACCACCAGAGAUUACUUUAGACAUAGCGCGCCAUGUCGUACUUUCCGACAUCCCUAGUGUUACAACUCAUCUUCCGACUCGCUUUACAACCGGCAGAAUCUCUGCUUCCGACCCACUGCCCCCAUAUGAAUCCGAGGCAUAUCGUCAGCAAAGUAAUCCGGUUCCGUCGUACAUCUCACAGAUUCCCGAGGCUGCUCAACCGCAGUGGUUAAGGAAUCUUCUUGGACGUGCGAAUCCGGAUGAAAUAGAACAUAUGGACGACGAUGACGACCACAGUGGCAUAGAUGAUCUUCCUGACUUGGAGCCGGUUGAUGAGGAUCCCACAGCAUCUCUCCCACCGCCUAGUAGUGAUCAAGGAGCGGUCAGACAAUGGCUCCUCGGCCCUGGUAUCCUGCCGCUUCAAAGAUUCGUACGACAACACGGUAUAGACCCCGGAAAUUGGGAAGAUACCGAGCCUGUUCCUGUGAAUAACUACGUUGAUGGUCUGAUAAGGAUAUAUCCCUUUGAGGACCGGGAAGAAUUACUAUAUGGACCCAUUCAAGACAUACUGGGUGAGAUGGUGGUGGAUCUGAUUGAAUGGCAGGGGCAUAUGCGGCCGGAAUACUGGGAACAUCCUAACAAUUGA